AUGCCAGUUGCACCAGUUGAGAAUAUGGCAUCUUUGAACACAGAUCUUUUCUACGAUAUAUUGAGGCGUCUUGAUGGACCAACAUUGGCUAGUGCAGCAUGUGCUUGUGCAGCAUUCUGUUCCAUCUCAAAAGAAGAGAGAUUAUGGGAAGAUGUGUGCUCUUCUAUGUGGCCUUCAACUAAUAGGGAGGAUGUCAAAAGUUUAAUAUUAUCCAUUGGUGGAUUCAGAAAGUUCUAUGCUGAUUGUUUUCCCCUUAUAGUAAACAAGGAAGUUUCAGAGUAUCAAUGGAAUGACUACCUUGAAUACCCUGAGGAAUGGACUGAGGCUGAAUACUACGGCGACAUGGAUGAAUUUGAAAGUAUUUCACCAUCGGAUUUUGUUUCUCUUGUGGACAUCAGGUACAAGGAUAAAAUAAUCUGCUCAAAAGUUCUUUGGGGCAUUCCAAAUGCAAAUGGCUUCAAUGGUUGGUUUUACAACUGCCCCUUUCGGAUUGAUCUUCUUACUUAUGCUGAUAGAGACGAUGACAACGAUGGUGAGGUUUUCCUUUCUGUUGCUAAUGGUCUUCCACCAAUUACUUCUAUGGAGACAGAAAGGAAAGAUGGGAAGUUGUGGCGGGGGCUUCGUGAUGGACUCCGGCUUAGUUGGAUUGUUGUAAAUAAGAAAAUAAAGCAAGCUGCAAAUCUUGCUAGCUGGUGCCCUCUUGGAGGUCAAAGGCAUUGGCCAACAGACAAGGAUUUUGUGAUUCGCUUUGGAUCCAUCCUUCCCGCCAGAGACAUCCUUCCAUGUCAAGUAGUAGAAUGCAUCCUUAGUAUGAAGUUCAGAGUGAUUUAUACUGAGGGUGAAGGUGUACAGACAACUCUUAAGUUAACAGAAUUAAGCAUGCAGCUGGAAGACAUGGAAGGUUCUCACGUCAAUGGAAGAAACAGUUUGCUUAUUCUUAAGGAAGCAUUGAGCUGCCGUCGGAGCAAAAACUACAGCGAAGUUCUUGAAUCUUGUCACUUAUACUCGAAGGUACAGAACGAGCUAAAAGAGGAGAAGAUGAGAAACGAAAGCAGGUUAGAUAGACUUUGCAUCUUAAGUGGCAUUGCUGCAUUCGUAAGCUUCUGUUACUAUGUUUUGUGA